UGGAAGUUGACGGAGUCCAGCUCAGUCCCAGCUAAAGAGUCCAGCCCUUGCCCAGCUGAGGUUGAUGGGAAGUUGACGGAGUCCAGCUCAGUCCAAGCUAAAGUGUCCAGCCCUUGCCCAGCUGAGGUUGAUGGGAAGUUGACUGAGUCCAGCUCAGUCCCAGCUAAAGAGUCCAGCCAUGUGUCCACUGAGGUUGAUGGGAAGUUGACGGAGUCCAGCCCUGUCCCUGCUAAAGAGUCCAGCCAUGUGUCCACUGAGGUUGAUGGGAAGUUGACGGAGUCCAGCACUAUCCAAGCUAGAGAGUCCAGCCCUGUCCCAGCUGAGGUUGAUGGGAAGUUGACGGAGUCCAGCUCAGUACCAGCUAAAGAGUCCAGCCAUGUGUCCACUGAGGUUGAUGGGAAGUUGACGGAGUCCAGCUCAGUCCCAGCUAAAGAGUCCAGCCAUGUCCCCACUGAGGUUGAUGGGAAGUUGACGGAGUCCAGCACUGUCCAAGCUAAAGAGUCCAGCCAUGUAUCCACUGAGGUUGAUGGGAAGUUGACGGAGUCCAGCCCUGUCCCAGCUGAGGUUGAUGGGAAGUUAACGGAAUCCAGCUCGGUACCAGCUAAAGAGUCCAGCCAUGUGUCCACUGAGGUUGAUGGGAAGUUGACGGAGUCCAGCUCAGUCCCAGCUAAAGAGUCCAGCCAUGUGUCCACUGAGGUUGAUGGGAAGUUGACAGAGUCCAGCACUAUCCAAGCUAAAGAGUCCAGCCAUGUAUCCCCUGAGGUUAAGAGGAAGUUGAUGGAGUCCAGCCCUGUCCCUGCUAAAGAGUCCAGUCCUGUCCCAGCUAAGGUUGCUGGGAAGUUGACGGAUUCCAGCUCAGUCCCAGCUAAAGAGUCCAGCCAUGUGUCCCCUGAGGUUGAGGGGAAGUUGAUGGAGUCCAGCUCAGUCCCAGCUAAAGAGUCCAGCCAUGUGUCCCCUGAGGUUGAGGGGAAGUUGAUGGAGUCCAGCUCAGUCCCAGCUAAAGAGUCCAGCCGUGUGUCCACUGAGGUUGAUGGGAAGUUGACGGAAUCCAGCUCGGUCCCAGCUAAAGAGUCCAGCCAUGUGUCCGCUGAGGUUGAUGGGAAGUUGACGGAGUCCAGCUCAGUCCCAGCUAAAGAGUCCAGCCAUGUAUCCCCUGAGGUUGAUGGGAAGUUGACUGAGUCCAGCUCAGUCCCAGCUAAAGAGUCCAGCCAUGUGUCCCCUGAGGUUGAGGGAAAGUUGAUGGAGUCCAGCUCAGUCCCAGCUAAAGAGUCCAGCCGUGUGUCCACUGAGGUUGAGGGGAAGUUGAUGGAGUCCAGCUCAGUCCUAGCUAAAGAGUCCAGCCCUGUCCCAGCUGAGGUUGCUGGGAAGUUGACGGAUUCCAGCUCAGUCCCAGCUAAAGAGUCCAGCACUGUCCCAGCUGAGGUUGAUGGGAAGUUGACUGAGUCCAGCUCAGUCCCAGCUAAAGAGUCCAGCCAUGUGUCCCCUGAGGUUGAGGGGAAGUUGAUGGAGUCCAGCUCAGUCCCAGCUAAAGAGUCCAGCCCUGUCCCAGCUGAGGUUGAGGGGAAGUUGACGGAUUCCAGCUCAGUCCCAGCUAAAGAGUCCAGCACUGUCCCAGCUGAGGUUGAUGGGAAGUUGACUGAGUCCAGCUCAGUCCCAGCUAAAGAGUCCAGCCAUGUGUCCCCUGAGGUUGAGGGGAAGUUGAUGGAGUCCAGCUCAGUCCCAGCUAAAGAGUCCAGCCAUGUGUCCACUGAGGUUGAUGGGAAGUUGACGGAGUCCAGCUCAGUCCCAGCUAAAGAGUCCAGCACUGUCCCAGCUGAGGUUGAUGGGAAGUUGACUGAGUCCAGCUCAGUCCCAGCUAAAGAGUCCAGCCAUGUGUCCACUGAGGUUGAUGGGAAGUUGACGGAGUCCAGCUCAGUCCCAGCUAAAGAGUCCAGCCAUGUGUCCCCUGAGGUUGAGGGGAAGUUGAUGGAGUCCAGCUCAGUCCCAGCUAAAGAGUCCAGCCAUGUGUCCACUGAGGUUGAUGGGAAGUUGACGGAUUCCAGCUCAGUCCCAGCUAAAGAGUCCAGCCAUGUGUCCCUGAGGUUGAGGGGAAGUUGA